UGGUACCUCAGGAGGCGGCGACGGCCCCUUCACGUUCGCCCGUGCCGCGCCCCGCGGGAGCAAACGUAGCCCUGCGGGGCUCUGGCAGAGGCGGCCCGGCGCCCCUCGCUCCGGGGAAGGAGCCCGUUCGGCGGGGAGCACCCCCCCCCCGGGGCCGCCGGAGGCGCCCCGACGCCUCAGGGCGCCGCUGAGUUCUCUCACGGCUCCACGCAAGUGGCGCCAGGGCCGCGGGAGUUGAGACGGCAGUGGUGGAGCAGCCGGCCUGCCAGCUACCAAGGGAACCCUGUCAGGUUUGACAGGGUCGCGCACUCCCCCAGCUCCCCCUUCCCGCCAAAGGAAAGUUCUGGGCGUUUACGGAGGAAAGAAGAUCCUGGCUCCAAUGGUGCGAGUGGGAACAUUACCAAUGCGUCUUCUUGCUCUGGACUAUGGUGCUGAUAUCGUGUACUGUGAGGAGCUGAUUGAUAUAAAGAUGCUGCAGUGUAAGAGGGUUAUAAAUGAAGUACUUGAAACCGUGGACUUCAUUGCGCCUAAUGAAAGAGUUGUUUUCAGAACUUGUGAAAGGGAGAGGCACCGUGUUGUCUUUCAAAUGGGUUCAGCAGAUGCUGAAAGAGCUCUGGCAGUAGCUAAGCUUGUAGAGAGUGAUGUAGCUGGUAUUGAUAUCAACAUGGGAUGCCCAAAAGAAUAUUCUACUAAGGCAAGUAUGGGAGCAGCACUGCUAUCUGAUCCUGACAAAAUUGAGUCUAUACUGACUACCCUUGUUAAAGGAAUUUGUAAACCAGUAACCUGCAAAAUCCGCAUUUUGCCCUCAGUUGAGGAUACUGUGAAUCUGGUAAAGAGAAUAGAAAAAACUGGUAUUGCUGCCAUUGCAGUCCAUGGAAGGAAGAAGGAGGAGAGGCCUCAGCACCCUGUCCACUGUGAUGUGAUCAAAGCCAUAUCUGAAGCAGUCUCCAUUCCAGUAAUAGCAAAUGGAGGAUCUCAUGACUUCAUCAAAGAAUAUAUGGACAUUGAGACCUUCCAGAAAGCAACAGCUGCCUCAUCAGUAAUGAUAGCUCGCGCUGCCAUGUGGAACCCAUCCAUCUUCAGAAAAGAGGGUCUUUUCCCCUUGAAGGAAGUCAUGCAAGAUUACAUCAAAUAUGCAGUGAGAUAUGAUAAUCACUAUACCAACACAAAAUACUGUUUGUGUCAGAUGUUAAGAGAACAGUUGGAAACUACUCAGGGUAAGAAGCUGCAUGCUGCACAGUCCACACAGGAGAUCUGUGAAGCCUUUGAAAUGGCUGACUUCUAUGAAGAAACAACAGCUAUUUUCGAAGCAAAGAAAACAUCUUUAGAAACUGAGACACAAGAUGAAGAUGACCAAAUGGAAGAUCCAGAUGUAAUAAAAAUGGCUGUUAGAUUUGACAAGCGAGAAUAUCCACCUCAGAUUACUCCAAAAAUGUAUCUUCUGGAAUGGUGUAGAAAAGAAAAGCAUCCUCAGCCUGUUUAUGAAACUGUUCAAAGACCAUUGGAUAGAUUAUUCUGUUCAGUAGUGACAGUAGCUGAGCAAAAAUACAGAUCAACUCUGUGGGACAAGUCAAAGAAACUAGCAGAACAGGCUGCAGCUAUUGUCUGUCUGAGAACAUUGGGUGUCCCAGAGGGAAAGCUGUGUGAGGGAGAGACUCACCUGAUUAACAAACGCAAGAGGGAAGACCGGGAGUGCUUGAAUAACAGAGACCAUGGAGAAGAUCUUUCUGAGCCUUCCCAUAAAAAAGCUAAUAUUAUUGCAGAAACUUCUGACAUGAAUGUGCCUAAGAUGCCACGAUAGCAUGGAAAUUAGAGGUUUCAUGCCUAUGCAGCUACAAAUUAGCUCCUAUUUGUAUAUCUUGCUGUUCACCUUUCGUUUGUAUUCUCUUGAAGACAGAUAAAUUCCCCAGUUGUGAAAAAUGCCAAUGAGAUGUUUACUGUUCACCACUCACUGUCCCUACGGUGCCUUUCAGACAGGAUAAAUUAGCAACUUGAUUUUAAAGAACAUUGAGAAGAUUAUCCCAAAUAAUAAAUUUUAAAAUACCAGAUAUUUUGAAAGCAAUUUUGUCAUUGGUUUUAUUACUUGUUUUUUAUUUUUACAAGUCUACGGUGUGCUGCUAAGAGAUGUAUGAAUACAUCAUCCAUAAGCAGAUGGAUUCAUUAUGGAACUAUGUAGUUAAUCAGAAGAAUUAAUGUAGAAGAAUAUUAGUAGCCAAGUAGACAUGGUUUUGUCUAAUGAGUUUUAUGCAUAUCUUAUAAGCUUUAUUUACACCCAUCAUAUAUCAAGGAAAAAGUUUUUUGCAGAGAGGACUUAGAAAUUAUAACACUAAGCAUGAAAAUAACAUUCUUUCAUAAUUUCUACUACAUUUUACACUCCAGAAAUAUGACAAUAGAAUUAACCAUCCUUUCCUGGUCUUAGGUAUUACAAUUGUGCCUUUCCAGUAGAGAACUGGAGCCAAGCCUGGUAGCCAUGAAUUUGUUGAAUGAAGGCACUUUGAGCUGUUUUGUUCUUUUGAACGUGGAAGUUCUAGUAAAUGUCUACAUGUAUAUUACCUGCAAUAAUGGGCAUCCAAAUAUGGCCUUGUGUGUUUGUUCUUGAAAUGUGACCUAGUUUGCCUUAGUAUUUAGCUGCUGGUGAUACUGGUGGCCUUAAUCAAAGGCUCAUGUUCUCUUCUUAAUUUGCCAUCAUCAUAACUUCCUAUUAAAGUAAACUAUAAGGACAUGCUAUAUGCCAAGAGAGGACACAGACCUAGUCUGAUUUCAUGGCAAUUCAGCUGAGCUUGUCUGAUUUCAUUUAGAGUUUUGAAUCCCCAAAAGAAUGUCUUAAUGGAUUAAGAGAAUUCAGGGAUUUUGGUUAUUAACAGUUUAUUGAAAUGGUGGUUUAGUUUCCCUCAACAGGGUAAGGCAUCUUAAGAUUAUCAAUUCUGGUCUGAAGACAGGGACAUCAUGCCAUGAUCUCUAAAGUAUUUGGUAUAAAGAAUAUACAAAAUACAAUUCAUUUGGAUGUAGUUCAUAAAUAGUCUUCCUAUUUAAAAAUUUGAAUCUUUUUCCUCAAGUGAUAGUGCCAGCGUUAAACCAUUCUUUUACAAUGGAAGAACGGUAUCUCACCAGAUAAUAUUCAGACUUACGAAAUUAAAUACAUGUGUAUUCAUAUUUAAAAUGUCUGCUGUUUAAAUCAGAGUAAUUUAUAGUAAAUGUAUACAGUCUAAGAAGAAAGUUUUUCUUGUUCAUUUUGUACAUUGCAGUAAAUGCAGUUAAAUAUACUUAGAUUUGAUAUAACUUUAAUGCUAGAAUUUUACUCUGAAGCAGCAAAAGAAUUUGCAGUAUUAAUCAGGAAUUUCAGAAGUAGCCAUUUUCCUAUUGAGAGUGCUAUCUGGAUAUCUUGUUUUUGUCAGGACUAUUUGGAGCCAUCAUAGAAUAAUAGAGAAAAAGUCAUUCUUAGGUCCUGCUAGCAGUGUGGCUUGCAAGGUCUAAUAUCAUAGAAUGUUUGAGCUUGAAAGGGACCUCUGGAGAUCCCGUCUGGUCCAACCCCCUUGCUCAAAGGAGGGUUAGCUAGGGCAAGUUUCCCACAACUGUGUCUAGCUGGGUUUCGCGUGUCUCCAAGGAUUGAGACUCCAGCCACAACCUUUCUUGGCAACCUGUUCCAGUGUUUGAUCACCCUUACAGGAAAAAAAAAGUGGUUUUUUUCCUUCUUGUGUCUACGUGGAAUAUCCUUUAUUUCAAUUUGUGCCCAUUGUCUCUUGUCCUGCCACUUAGAAGGAUCUGGCUUCAUCUCUUGUCAUCAUUGUCUGUCUAAAAUUAAAAUUGAAUCUUUGGAUAAACCCCAA